AGCAAGGCUGGAAGAACAGCCUUCUCUUAUGGACCCGGGGGUCCACUUCCCAGAGGGUGACAGGAUCUCUGGGCACAUUGGGAAGGUAUUCUCGGUGUAUCGCUGUCGCUUGUUCUUUGGCCAAGAUGGUUUGGGCAUAGAAGACAAGAGUGAGGGCAGGCAGGUGGCUGGAGUAGGAGGUGUGGCUAGACAAAACAAGACAUGGGAGCCCAGCCUGACAAGAGCCCAAGGGAGGUGGACAAACACAGUCAUUAGUCAUAGAGAACUUUUCCUGCCACAGAAUGGCAGCCCUUUGCCAGACUUCUUCAGAGGAGAAACUUCCCGUCUUCUAUUUCAGAAAGAUCCUAAAGUUCAACCCCAAUCCUCCUAAACUGCACUGACCUUGUCCCAGAGAGACCCUGGGCUGCGUCACCCAACUGACCACUAACCACAAGCAGUUCUGCUUUCUCCUGGUUCCUGAAAUCCGGGAGCAGAGGGUGGGGGUGUUGGAGACAGCCCUCUACCAAAAACCAAGAAGAAAGGGGAGGGGGAGGGGGAUAGAGGAAGUUACCUUGGUCCUAAGCCCGCAGUCUCCAGGGUCUUCUUUCCUGUGAAGCCAACCGUCUCCAGUCAGAUUUCCUGUCCCUUUAACCCUCACCAAAAAUGAGGGGCUGCCCACUAAGGUUGGCUGCAGGGACCAGGUUACUGUUGGGGGUGGGGGCAGCCUUUUGGGGCUGACUGGAUCAUCAUCACUCCAGGUGCCCCCCUCACCUUCCCUCCUCCUCUGGGGUGACUCAAUUUUCCACAGCUCCUUAGGGUGUUGGCUCCUGACUUUUGCCCCUUUCAAAGGAAGCCUGGAUGCUCAGUUUAACCGAACUGUGCAGGGGGGUUAGCUGUCUGUACCCUCUGGGGAAAGCACUGGUCUAGGCACACAGUGGGAGCUGAGGAACUCUGGGGUGGGGGUGCUAAGUUCAAAGGCUGGAGAUAGUUCUGGUCCCUGCUUUUCUGCCCAUCUCUUCCACAUUAAGGACCUCUUUCUGUGCACCCCAGCCCCAGCGGGGGAGGAGAGUUCAGUCUCCAGGGGCGGGCCUCAUCCGCCCCACGCCUCCCCCAGCUUGGAGGACAUAAAAGCCUAGAUCCAGCCGAGGGGCGCUGCCCAUGCUGGGUGCACUCCGGAGGUGGGGUCGUGUGGGCUGAGUGACUGAAGCUAGCGAAGAAGGGGCACUGUGGACCCUUCCCUCAGGAGGCCUGGACUCUGUCUGUAGGCAGGACCCACGGAGGUGGGACUGGGCUCAAGAGAUGAAGCUGCUCCUGGCCCUAGCAGGGCUCCUGGCCAUUGUGGCCGUGCCCCAGCCCUCCGAGGGCACCACUCCAGCUGUCCUGGGGGAGGUGGACACCUCCGUAGUGCUGACUUGCAUGGAGGAGGCCAAGCGGCUGGUGGACAAGGCCUACAAGGAGCGGCGGGAAAGCAUCAAGCAGCGGCUUCGCAGUGGCUCAGCCAGCCCCAUGGAACUCCUGUCUUACUUCAAGCAGCCAGUGGCAGCCACCAGGACAGCUGUGAGGGCUGCUGACUACCUGCACGUGGCCCUAGGCCUGCUGGAGAGGAAGCUGCGGUCCCUGUGGUCAGGGCCCUUCAACGUCACUGACGUGCUGACACCCGCCCAGCUGAAUCUGCUGUCCAAGUCGAGCGGCUGCGCCCACCAGAACGUGGGUGUGAGGUGCCCGAAGAAGGACAAGUACCGCACCAUCACCGGGCAGUGCAACAACAGACGCAGCCCCACGCUGGGAGCCUCCAAUCGCCCCUUUGCGCGCUGGCUGCCGGCCGAGUACGAGGACGGCUUUUCGCUGCCCUUCGGCUGGACGCCCGGGGUCAAUCGCAGCGGUUUCCCAGUCCCCCUGGCUCGCGCCGUAUCCAACGCCAUCGUGCGCUUCCCCACGGAGCAGCUGACCCCGGACCGGGAGCGCUCGCUCAUUUUCAUGCAGUGGGGCCAACUGCUCGACCACGACCUCGACUUGAGCCCUGAGCCAGCCGCCCGGGUCUCCUUCAUCACUGGCGUCAACUGCGAGACCAGCUGCCUGCAGCAGCCGCCCUGCUUCCCGCUCAAGAUCCCGCCCAAUGACCCCCGCAUCCAGAACCAAAGGGACUGUAUCCCCUUCUUCCGCUCCUCCCCAGCCUGCACAGAGAACAACAUCACUAUCCGCAACCAGAUCAACGCGCUCACCUCUUUCGUGGACGCCAGCAUGGUGUACGGCAGCGAGGACCCCGUGGCCAUGAAGCUGCGCAACCUGACCAACCAGCUGGGGCUGCUGGCCAUCAACCCCCAAUUCAGUGACAAGGGCCGGGCCCUGCUGCCCUUUGACACCCUGCACGAUGACCCCUGUCUCCUCACCAACCGCUCUGUGCGCAUCCCUUGCUUCCUGGCAGGGGACACCCGCUCGAGUGAGAUGCCUGAGCUCACCUCCAUGCACACGCUCUUUCUGCGGGAGCACAAUCGUCUAGCCACGCAGCUCAAGCGCCUGAACCCUCGCUGGAAUGGAGAGAGGCUCUACCAGGAAGCCCGGAAGAUCGUGGGAGCCAUGGUCCAGAUCAUCACUUACCGGGACUACCUGCCGCUGGUGCUGGGGCCAGAGGCCAUGAGGAAGUACCUGCCCAGGUACAGAUCCUACAAUGACUCAGUGGACCCUCGUAUCGCCAACGUCUUCACCAACGCCUUCCGCUAUGGCCACACCCUCAUCCAACCCUUCAUGUUCCGCCUGGACAAUCAGUACCGGCCCAUGCAGCCCAACCCCCGGGUUCCGCUCAGCAGGGUCUUUUUUGCCACCUGGCGGGUAGUACUGGAAGGUGGCAUUGAUCCCAUCCUCCGAGGCCUCAUGGCUACCCCUGCCAAGCUAAAUCGCCAGAACCAAAUUGUGGUGGACGAGCUCCGGGAAAGGUUGUUUGAGCAGGUCAUGAGGAUCGGGCUAGACCUGCCUGCUCUGAACAUGCAGCGCAGCCGGGACCACGGCCUCCCAGGGUACAAUGCCUGGAGGCGCUUCUGCGGGCUCCCGCAGCCCAGCACGGUGGGCGAGCUGGGCACAGUGAUGAAGAACAUGGACCUGGCGAGGAAGCUCAUGGAGCAGUAUCGCACGCCUGACAACAUCGACAUCUGGAUGGGAGGCGUGGCCGAGCCCCUGGAGCCCAAAGGCCGCGUGGGCAAGCUCCUUGCCUGCCUCAUCGGGACCCAGUUCAGGAAGCUCCGCGAUGGUGAUCGGUUUUGGUGGGAGAACAAGGGAGUGUUCAGCACGCAGCAGAAGCGGGCCCUGGCCAAGAUCUCCUUGCCCCGCAUCAUCUGUGACAACACAGGCAUCACCACCGUGUCCAAGAACAACAUCUUCAUGUCCAAAACAUUCCCUCAGGACUUUGUCAACUGCAGUACACUGCCCACAUUGGACCUGUCUUCCUGGAGGGAGAGGGACUGGAGGCUGGGAGCCUGACUGGAGAGGAACUGGGACCCACGGGCCCUUUUGUACCAUUUGUUUGUACCAGACAUUCAUGAUAAUAAAGAGCCACUUAUGGGGA